UCUACACUCGCUGAGACUCUGUCUUAUAGGUGAUCGCUACUGGUCGUAUCUCCACUGCGCGGUAUUGUCUGCGACACUAACUCAGCCCUUCAGCUGGUGGCUCCGGGGCCUUGCAUUCACCGAUAUCUUAUCGGUCACGAGUGUGGCCACGGCGCAUUCUCCGCGAGCCGCAGCAUCUCUGAACUCGUCGACUACUUCUACCACACCUUGCUUCUUACGCCACACUUCAGCUUGGCAAAAUCGGACACGAUGUAAGGCUCUUGGGGGCAAACGCUUGCAGGGCAUCAUCGAUCUUUUGAGUAUGCGAGUGGCGCAGCAAGUGAGCAGGUGAAUAUACGUUUAGCAUCA